AUGUCGACCAUUUCCAACAAAUUCUGGUGUGAAGGCCGAAUCUACACACCUAAGGAUAAUGACAGCCUUUUCAAAUCAGUCAUGGAGUACCACGAAGCAAACGAGAAAGUCUCUAAGGCAGCUCUCAUAUGCCACUUCAUCGAGGAUAUGACACUCGUGAUUCUCAUUUACGCUGACCCAGUCGAAGAGAAGCCCGCUGUCCUCAUCGCCUUUGAUAAGCUUGAGUGUGUCUCCCAGAUGGUGCCACCCAAAGUGUCCACAAUCUUUGACAUUGUCAAUAUCUUCGCAAAUAUCACUGCUUCUGAAUCUAAGAGUUAUGACUCGUUCCUAUCAUACUCACAAACAUGCCGCCUAAUCCUUGCUUAA